AUGUUCCUCAAAAUAAUGGAAAAGAAAUUAAAUAAAAAGAGUCAUUGUAAACAGAAACGAGCUUAUCAUAGACUCCUUAGAGAUAUGAAUAUUAAAUGCUGUGAUAAUUCUACACAGUAUGUAAUGCUUUGUAAUGCUGGUCUAAUGACUGGGUUUCAAAGAGAAACAUUACAAGAUAUAAUAGAUCCAUUUGUCCAUAAGUAUGAUCUAGUAAUGCCACCAAAUAAAUCAUACUGUUUCAUCAAAUUUCAUUCAAUUGAAGAUGCUGUAAGUGCAUAUAAUAAAAUUAAUGGUCGCAUUAAAAUCAAUGGACAAGAUACAUUAUUGUAUGCAACAUUUACAGAAUCAGUUCCUGACUGUGAUUAUUCUGAAUGGUCUAGUGAUUUUCCUCCUGGUCUCAAAUUAAUAGAAAAUGUUAUAACUGAAGAACAAGAGAAAAUGUUAUUAAAUACAAUCAAUUGGUAUAAUGAAGGAUUGUCUGCCUUAAAACAUAGAAAAGUUAAACACUUUGGAUAUGAGUUUCAAUACAAUUCAAAUAAAAUAGAUCCUGAUAAACCUAUUACACCUAUUCCUGAAAAUUAUCACUUUUUAAAAGCAGUAUUUAAAAAGUAUCAUGAUGUUCCAUAUGAAUAUGAUCAAUUGACAAUUAAUCAUUAUUUACCUGGUCAAGGUAUUCCUCCACAUAUUGAUACACAUAGUGUCUUUGAAGAUAAUAUAUUAUCACUAUCUUUGGGUUCAGCAUGUAUUAUGGACUUUAAAAGGGAAAAUAAAAAAGCUGCCAUCCUUUUACCUCCUCGUUCAUUAUUAAUUAUGUCAGGAGAAACUCGCUAUGCAUGGUCACAUGGAAUUUGUCCUAGACACAAUGAUGUCGUGAAAACUUCAAAUGGAAUUACAACUCAACCAAGGGGAACAAGAGUAUCAUUCACAUUCCGAAAAAUACGUAGGGGUGAUUGUCACUGUAACUUCCCAAACUAUUGUGAUACAAAACAAAAUUAUACCACUACUCUUAUUGAUACUGAAACAGCCUUAGGAAUAGAAAAUUCUUAUGUGCACGAAGUUUAUAACAAAAUUUCAAACCAUUUUAAUGAAACAAGACAUAAACAGUGGCCCAAUGUAUCGAAAUUUCUACAAACUUUAGAUACAAGUGAUAUUCUAUUAGAUGUGGGAUGUGGCAAUGGUAAAUAUCUCUGUUCAGAAAAACAUAUAUUUAAGAUUGGAUGUGACCGAAGUUAUAAUUUAAUGACAAUAUGCCGAAAUAAAGGUUUUGAAGUAUUUCUAUCUGACUGUUUAUAUUUACCAUAUAAAGAUAAUAGUUUAGAUGCAGUAAUAUGUAUAGCUGUAAUUCACCACCUUUCUACUCACGAGAGAAGAAAGCAAGCAAUUUUUGAAUUGGCAAGAGUUCUUAGACCAAAUGGAAAAUGCUUAAUUUAUGUAUGGGCAAAAGAACAAGAAAAGGACUCAAUUCAAACAGCUUACAUAAGAUGUAAUUCAACUAAAACGGAAAGAAAUAUUUCAUGUACGCAGAAACUAACAGAAUAUGGCGUAACAUUGCCAGUACAUGAAAACCGUACAAAAUUUGCUUCAAACGAUAUGCUUGUUCCUUGGAAAAGAAAAGAAGGAGGAAAUUUUUUUAGGUAUUAUCAUGUGUUUGAAGAAGGCGAACUUUCACAGUUAUGUUCAGAAGUACCUAGUUUUACAAUGAAAGAAGUAUAUUAUGAUCAAGGAAAUUGGUGUGUAAUUUUAAUAUAG